GUACAUAUACAGCUCGAGCUCGAGCAGACCACACGACACCUGCUCGUACACACAAAUCACCACCACCGGCGGAACCAAAAGUAUAGUCGUAGUACUCCGGCACCAACCACGGCAAUGGCUUCACCGGGGGCGUCCUGCCCGGCGGCCUACUCGUGGGCGCCGCAGGACGGGGCACAGCGCGGGCAGACGGUCUUCAUGCAGGUCUGCGCGGGGUGCCACGUCAUGCUCCCCUACGCCGGCCUCCGCGCGGCGGCGCAGGGCGAGGUGGGAGCUCAGACGGCCGAGAUCAUGGUCGCAGAGGAAGCUGUGACGGCUGCGAGACCCCCAUCCGGUGGCUCAUACACGCCGGACCUCACCGCCCUCACCACAAAAAUCCAUGAAGGGGCGGCUCUGUACACCACAGGGGGCAAGAUCAUGACUACGAUGCUCACCGGCGGUGUCUCCAUGUGCCAAGAGCUGACGAAGAUGAUGGCGCCACCAAGCGCCAUGUGGAUGCAGUUUGCCCAGCCCUACAUUGGGACUAUCCAGAUGGCUUGAUCGGCCCACCCGUAUCCAGAGUUCAGAGUCAUGCUAUGCCGAAGCUUGCCUUAUUUUCUUUGAAGCUUUUACAUGUAUCUUUGUGCUGACUUGAGUAGUAUUGAGAAUAAAUCCCUCGUGCACACGGUGUUCAGAAUGGGGGGAAGUUUUUCGAUAUCAAGUGUCCCAUGGUUUUGAUGGAGUGUAUCUUUGGUCUCAGUGUGCAUUGUAUGGCGAGCGAGUCUACAUGAUAAUAUCUCAUCCUAAAGCACGGUAAGAAAAAUGUCAACA